AUGAAAUGGACUUUGCUGAGUAAGUCUCAGUAUCCUGCUAUACUUACCACAUUUCCCCACAAACUCCAAUGGCUGCUCCAUCUCCAGCUUCGCCAGUAUCGAGACCAACCAGUAGCCGGUGGAGAAUCCGUCGUCGAGACAAGACCGGAGGUCUUACAUGCUCGGGAUGUUAAAGGUGGUCCAUUUUGCGUCAGUACUGAUUCUUCGAUCAACUAUCUUUUGAGUCUUUACUCGAAGUCGGCAGAUUUUACCAACGCACACAAGCUGUUCGAUGAAAUUCUCGACAGAGACGUGCGCACUUGGACCAUUCUGAUCUCGGGCAUCGCUCGAAAUGGAGCGCACAAGGAUGUUAUGGAACGAUUUAGGAGAAUGCAACUUGAGGGUGUCACGCCAAAUCAAUUUACUCUGUCGACCGUUUUGAAGUCCUGCUGUAGCUUGAUCGAGCUAAGAACCGGGAAAGGAAUUCAUGGUUGGAUUUUAAGAAAUGGGAUUGUCUUCGAUGUUGUGUUGGCAAAUUCAAUUCUUGAUCUCUACGUCAAAUGUGGGGCUUUCAGCUACGCGGAAAGGUUGUUUGGGGUAAUGGUGGGGAAAGAUACUGUGUCGUGGAAUAUAAUGAUUGGUGCCUAUUUGUAUCUUGGAGAUGCAAGCAAGUCUCUUGAAUUGUUUGAUGGUUUGCAGUCCAAGGAUGUUGCAAGUUCGAAUACCAUUAUAGAUGGGCUAAUAAGAUGCGGGUGUGAAAGCAUUGCCCUGGAAGUGCUUUAUAGGAUGGGAGGUAAUGGACUUGAAUUCAAUGCCAUAACAUUCUCCAUAGCGUUGAACUUGGCUUCUAGUUUGUCAGUUUUGCAACUGGGGAAGCAAAUUCAUGGCAAGGUUCUAAGACGUGGGAUUGAUGACAGUGGCUUCAUAACAAGUUCGCUUAUAGAUAUGUAUUGCAAAUGUGGGGAGUUGAGAUUGGCGGGCAUGAUAUUUCAACAAAUGUGCCAGGGUUUCCUCCCUGUAGAUGCAAUGGCGAGGAGAGUUUCAUGGAGUUCAAUGGUGUCUGGGUAUGUAAAGCAGCGUGAGUACAUCUGUGCCUUCAGAACAUUUACGUCCAUGUUUGAGAAAAAUGAAGAGGUGGACAUUUAUACACUCACAAGCAUCAUUUCUGCGUGUGCUGAUACUGGCAAUUUGGAGCUGGGGAGACAGAUCGAUGCCCAUGUUCAGAAAGUUGGGCAUAGAGUGGAUGCUCAUUUAACUUCAGCACUCAUCGACAUGUACUCUAAAUGUGGUUGUUUGAAUGAUGCUGUAAACAAGUUCAACGAAAGCAAUAAUGAUAUGAACGUUGUGAUCUGGACUUCUAUGAUAUAUGGGUUUGGAUUACACGGACGUGGGACGGAAGCUGUUAGACUCUUCGACCUCAUGUUAAAAGAGGGUAGCAUUGCUCCGAAUCUGAUUGCAUUUCUUGGUGUGUUGAACGCUUGCAGCCAUGCUGGGUUGUUUGAAGAAGGUGUCAGAUAUUUCGAAUCAAUGCAAAAAGUUUACGGCUUGAAGCCAUCUGUUGAACACUAUACUUGUAUGGUCGAUCUCUAUGGUCGGGCAGGUCGUUUGGAGGAGGCGAAGAGAUUCAUUGCUGAAUAUGACAUCUCGCAUCUUUCUGCAGUCUGGAAGUCACUUUUGUCAUCCUGCAGGCUGCAGAAAAAUGCGAAGAUGGGAAAAUGGGCCUGCGACAGACUGCUCGAACUGGAGCCACUUGAUCAAGGUUCUUAUGUUCUUUGUUCAAAUAUUUUCUCUGCUGAUGGCCACUGGGAAGAGGCGGCCGAAGCAAGGAGUUUGAUGCUCCAGAGAACAGUUGACAAAGUCCCUGGACAAGGCACAGAAGAAAUCAACACAAGGAAGAAGAAUGGUGGAGCUGUGUAUGAAAGUGGCGCCUUUGUGUACAAGAGAGACAAAGUAAGAAGAAUGAGAAUGAGGCCGGAUAGAAGAAUGGAGAGGCUGGUGCUGCUGCCAUUCACCAUGGGAUGUGUCUCCGAGUCCAGCGUCGCCCUCGCUCACCACCACCACCACCACCCUACAAGAAGAAGAUCAUCAUCGGCAUCGACUGCUGCUGCCCCGACGGCCACCGCUCGCUCACAAAGCAGGAGGAGAGAAAUGGACGACGACGAGGAGAGCUUGUCCAGCACCGAUAGCAGCGAUUCCAAGAGCAGUACGACUUCCUCCUCGACAUCUCCUUCUUCCAAGAUAUCCGCUCGCUUCCAUCGGAUUCUCAGGACUUUCAAGUCCACCUUCGUGUACAAAGAAGAAGAUGAGGAAGAAGAGGAGGAAAUGGAGAUCGGGGUGCCGACGGACGUGAAGCAUGUCACCCACAUUGGCUGGGACGACGACGUCGGAGCAGCAGCAGCAGCAGUAACAUCGGCGACGAUCACCACCGCUACGACGACAACAACAACAACACGUGUCAAUAACCCAAUGAAUUUUGAACAACACGAUCAGAGCGGCGGCAGCGGCAGUUGGGGCAACAACGACAAUCUGAUCACCCACAGCCAUUACCAACCUCGUCGUCGCCGUGAUCUUCAGCAGCUGAUGUGUCACCAUCAUCGUCGUCCUUCUUCUUAUGAGGGUGAUAUCGCCAUUGGCGCCCUAGCUGCAGUUGAUCCAGUACUCCCCCGCCGGCCGCUUUCCGUCAUCUCUCCUUCCUCUGCCUGCACCUGAUUCAUCGUCGUCAUCAUGGAUCGCCAUUCCUCUGCCAUAUUAUCUCAGCAUUUCAUCAUCAUUACUUGAUAUAUAUAUACUCGUUAAGUUUUAGAAAGAAGAAUCAGUCAUAUAUGUCCUUACAAAUGUGUUAUCAUUGGGAUGUUUUGCAUUUUUCCAAACUUUAUAUAUGUACAACUUCACAUGUUCUUGUUGUCUAGAGCUCAUUCAAUUUCGUUUAUAGGGUCUAAAUAUUCAAUUCAGUUUAU